AUGAAGACUUUCAAACCACCAGUCGUACGGGAUGACCGUUGGUAUCAUGCUCGACCUGGGGGCAGCGCCAAACCGUUGACAAAGACCCAGCUGAGAAGGAUGCAGAGGCAAGCUCAGCAGGCCAGGGUACAGACGUCCCAGGUCGAGGGGUUGAAACGCCAAAAGAAGAUGGCAGCUGUAGACGAAACACCAUCCGCGCCAAUCGUUCCCCCUGCAGCAAAGGUCGCCAACGCCAAGCCUCCAAGGGCGUGGCGCCCUAGGCAAGACAGUGAUCCCCGCGGAAUAGCGGCCGUUUUGGUCGAGCCAAAGGCCGCAGCCCUAGAGGGAGCAGAUGAAGGCAUCAUCGAUGUCUACCACGGAAGGAACUCCCCUUUCUUGGCCAACGGUUUGUCCUUUCUCAUGGAAUUCCGCAAGGAUCACUCGGCCAUCGACCUAUACGGCAUGACCACUGAAAACCGUGAAAUCGUGGAAUUGGCCCUCAGAAACGCCAAGGCAAAAAGGUUCCUCAUUACCAACGAAUCCGACUCGGCCAUUAAGGCCGUAUACCAGGCGAAUAGAGAGGCCAGGGCAAGAGGGAUGCCAGGUUACAGACUCGAGCAGGGAAAAUUGGAGGCCAUGGCCCCCUUCGGCAGAAACGAUUUGGAAUACCUCUGCCAAUAUUUUACUGUGACCCCAGCCGACACCAUCUUCGGUCUGACAACCGAAGAAAGGGCCCGGGUAAGCUGGCUGGAUGAUUACUUAGCUGCCAGGGAUACGUUAGCUAAGGCGAGGCAAGCCCUCGAGGAGGGAGUCGGGACCUCGGACCCCCCUGAGACCAAAGCAGCCACAGACGAUACCCCUGGGACUGCAAGGCCUAUGGCCGAGGGCCCCGGCGACCUUCUCUUUGUUCACGAGGCUGAGGAUGACCCCGCGUUGGGAAUCUCCGAUGACGACUACGAUGGGAUCCUCGGAAUGAUUGAGGGAAAAACCCUCGCUAGUGGCAGCCGCGAGGUCAAGAAAGAGGUUGGUAGGGGAAACCAAUGGAAGCCAAAGAAGGUCAGCAUGAACGUGGUUUUGGUACUACCGGCCGAGUUUUCGGCUCCAAGAGGCCAGAACAAUGGCCUGGAUAAUGACAUGGCCGAGGAACAGCUUGAUCAAAGGCCAAAGACAAAGGAAGAAUUGUUGGCCGUGGCUUUUAACGAGGUAAUACCCAAAGACGGGCCGAACAAAUACAGACAUCUCAAACCGUUAUGCAUCUCGGCUUAUGUGGAGGGUGUGCCCGUGUCCAAGGUCUUCAUUGACUGUGGGGCAACGGUCAACAUCCUUCCCUAUUCCCUGAUGAAGAAGCUGGAUAAGUCAAAGGAAGAUCUCAUCCCCAGCGAUGUGGUCAUGAGCAGCUUUGUCGGCGAUAAAUCUAAGACUAUCGGGGUAUUGCCGUUAAAAAUCACCGUGGCCGACCAGACGAGAGUCGCGGCCUUCUACGUGGUCGAAUCCAGCAUGGACUACAAUAUAUUGCUCGGUCGUGACUGGAUCCAUCAGUCAGGAUGCAUACCGUCCUCCCUCUUCCAACUGUUGUUCUUCUGGGACGGCUAA